CUAUCGCUUGGAUUUUUAUUGUCAAAAAUAAAAUCGAAAUUGAUUUGCUUUCGCUUUUGAGCCUCUUGUUUUUAGUGUAGCACACAGACACACCUUUGACGGUACGCAAGCCGAUUCCGCUUCGUUCAAUUCGUGCACGAUAUAAACGUAUUGGUUGCACACAUGCACAGAGGCAAAUCGAGGGAGAUAGAGAGAAAAUCUACACAUCGUUAACCAUAGAACAAAAUUCCACUCACCGCCAUGUUGCUCAACUGAAUGCGAUAUCAAUUGUCAAACACAAAUACAUACACAAACAGCGUACGAAGUACACAUAUACGAAACUUCUACGCCUGUCAAGUGCAUGCAUUGUUUAUAACUGUGCUAGCAAUGAAAAUGUUUUAGUGUAUGAGUACGACUUUAGUACGAAGUAAUAUGUCACUACACAAUACUCUACACAAUAUUUCAAUUUCGAAAGAGAUGAAAUGUAUUCGAAAUACGACCAUAUGUUUCACUGUCAUAUUUGCCAAAUUCACAUAGAACCAUGAAUUUGAAUAAGUACCAAUUUUGAGCGCAAGGUAAAGUUCGAAUAAAAAACACACACAUAUGACCACAAUUUAUACACAACUGUUCAUGACAGUUCCGAUCAAAACAUCAAAAGUCAAACAUUAUUUCGUAGAAAUAAUAUUUUUUGUGACCAAAAAGAAGAAGAAAAAAACAUUUGCAAUUAGUUAAAAGAUAUAUUCUUCUUAAUUUGUACAAAUAUGCUAUGAUUUGAACAAAAGAGAAAAAAGUCAAUAUAUAUGAUUAUAUACCGAAGAAAGAUUAAAUAUUUGGCUAAGGUAGUCAGACGGAGUUGACGGGUAGUGAAACGGAAUUGACUAGUACCGAGGCAUAGUUGUUAGUCAGAAGAAAGUUGAGCAACUCUUGAAGAAGAUGCCACGAAAUCGAAGUUACUACAAUUAUUCAGACAUAUCAAUCAAAGAGUAUGCCGACGCUAAUAACAAAUCGGGUCGAAUUCGUAAAGGUGUAUCGAACACUAUGAAGUCCGAUGCAACAAACAGUGAAUACGAAGCACUUGAUAUCGAUGCGGAUAUGGUUACGAAAAAAAUGAGUAAAUCAAAAAUCGCAAACGUUAUUAGUGUGGAAGACGAUCAAAACUACAAUUACUUCCCGAAUGAUAUUUGGUUCCUAAUUUCUGAAUACAUUCGACCUGAAGAUAUAACAAUUUUCGCAUUAAUUUGUAGGCAAACCUAUACGAUAACAACGACAUUAAAGUUUUGGAAAUGUUUGUAUCGAAGGUAUUACAAAGCGAAUGUUGAACUUCCAAUGCGUCUUACUAUGGAUUGCAUGACCCGCCCGCGUGGAAUUAGAGCAUGUACAAUCCGUUCAUUGUUCUUUACUUACCCAUCAUUUGUGAAUCGUGUGCGUCAACAAUCCCAACAGGACUUUCACAUGCUCGUCAAACAUCGUGUCGUUCAGUUUUGGUUUCAGCAAAUUGAUGCAAUGAAAUUUUUGUACUUUUACAAAAUCAAACGAAAACUACAACCGGGUUCACGGACAUACGAAUCAGAACAAUUACAACGUAAGGAUAAUCGAACGAUUAAGGCAUUGAGAGAUGUUUAUUUUAAUACGGAAGAAGGAUGCAGUUUACUUAUGAUUGAAUCGACAAAAUUUCACCCAUUACCCAGAUUGGAUAUGAUUGAGUCGAAUGUAUUCAUCGCAUCGAUUGUAAAUCAUUUGUCACGUUCAUGCAAUCACUAUCGACUUGAAAUACAAUUUAACAAUAUCAGCUGUGCAAAAGUUGGUUCUGUUGUCUAUGAACCGGCGUCAUCGAUUCGAGUUUACGACUGGUGGGUGCCAACAUAUUCAAAAUAUGUAAAACAAGGUCUUCAACCUUCAUUGGAAUACGUCAAAGAUGAAAAAGAUUCAGACGAUAAUAAUCAAAAUAUUACGGAUGAUGAUUCAUGGGACUAUGUGAUAAAUAAUUUUUAGCCUAUUUUUUUCAAAAUUGAAUUGAUCGAUACCGUUGAUUUAUUUCACAUAUUUUAUUGAUGAAUUUUUAUUCAAAUAUUUUGUAAAUGUAUUUCAUGAAUUAUACAGAAGAAACGCUUACUUAA